CAGACCCUCGAUCUCAUGAGACGUGAGCGUGUUUUCCUGAACCAAGAUGGCAAGAGCGACCCAAAGCAGCCUACUAAACCUUCUUCCAUCGACACUUGCAGACAGCCACUCCUCAGAGCGAGCGAAUUGAACUAGUCUUCUGCAGCCCCGGGAAGCAGGCUCGCUGCACGCACAUCACAGCUUCACCACCGCUAAUUGUCAGGAUGGAGCAUAUGUUGUAAAAAUUCAACCGUUGAGCCUAAAGCACGGUAAACACAGCCGCCGCCAUCUCAUCGUCAGCAGCGAACCAAACGUUCAACGAGGAACGGUUCGAUACUAGAAUACAUACCCUAAUUUGUAAACCGGCGGCAGGCUGACCCGUGCACCAAAGUCGGAGUGAAGAUCUCCCUUCUAUCAAUCAAGGCACGCAGACGACGUCGCACCACGUCGCUUGAGCAGGAACUCGGUACCACGGCGCCAAUAGCGGCCAAUGGCCGAACUGCCCCCUCCGUUCGUCGCCAUCGACGGCCUUGCCAACUUCAGGGACAUCGGCGGCUCGCCUAUCGAGGACAAGGAUGGCAAGACUGUCGCCAAAGUCCGCAAAGGCGUCUUCUAUCGUGGUCCAGACACACGCACAGUAACGCCUGCGGGAAUAGCAAGAUUGAAAGAGUUGGGUGUUAAGGCGGACUUUGACCUGCGUUCGAAGGUUCAGAUUGAGAAACUUGGAGGACCGAGUCCGAUGGAUGACAUUGAGAGGAUUUGGGCGCCGGCUUUUCCUGAUGGAGAGUAUUCGCCUGAGAAAGCGGCGGCGAGAUAUGUGCAGUAUGCAAGUGACGGAACCGAAGGCAUCGUUCAAGCUUUCACUGAUAUCCUCACCCAUGGUGCGCCUGCAGCCCGCAUAGUCAUGUUACACAUCGCUUCCAUGAAUCCGGAUUCUCCGUCGGCCUGCUACAUCCAUUGCACCACGGGCAACAAUCGCUCCGGAGUCUUCAUCGGCGUCAUCCUCUCUCUGCUAGGUGUCAAACCCGAAAAGAUAGCAGAAGAAUACUCACUAUCAGACAUUGGACUAAGACCAACUCGUGAUGCUGCCGUUGAGAGGUUAAUGAAGAGUCCAGUCUUUGCUGGAGCGGGAGGGGGUGGAAGAGCACGAGCUGAGAGGAUGGUUGGCGCGAGGCCAGAGAGUAUGCUCGCCAUGUUGGAGAUGGUGAACAAGAAGUGGGGCAGUGCUGAAGGAUAUUUCAAGACGAUGGCUGGACUUACAGACGAGGAUAUCCAGAUGGUUAGACGGGUCUUGACCGUCCAGGAAGGUGGCCGAGGUGGGCGGUCUCACAAGAGGCAAGGGAGUGUAUGGGAUAGUACGAAGGCUAUUGCUACCAAGUUAUGGGGUUCCUUGGGUUAUGAGAUGGAUUUGUGAUGAUGAAACUGGCGUGGGAGAGUUGGGGAGUAUUUGCAUUACAAUUGCAUAUUAAGAUAGCAUUGCAUUUCUAGAUCUUCUCAAUUGUUCGUCUUCGUUUCGAAUGCGGGGUACGCCUCUUCCCUCACUCGGUACCGUCUUCUAGUUUUAUGAUAAUAAAUUAUACUACUAGCUUCUCCUUUUCAUCUUCGACCACACAAGCAAUUAUUCGUCAAAGUAAACACUUCCUCUGACACAAUCACACCCCACCCUUCACCAGUCCCCUCUUCUCCUCAAUCUCCACAUCCUCCAACACCGUUUCGCCUCUCCGUCCCGCCUCGAUCCUCUCCAACUUCAGUACUCUCGUCUCCCUCUCCGUCC